GUUUAACGCUUUUGCAUAUUCUCCUCCCCACCUCCGGCCAGCUGCUUCCGGAGACAUUCCGGCUAGUCUUCCGGCCGGCAAGGUUCAAGUGUGGGUUUUGAAUCAACUCUAGAGAAAGUUUGAUUUCUUGAAUUGAAGACACUAACAAGCUUCAAGGUAAGUGUUAUUAAUUUUAAUUGUUCUAUUUAAGGUUGGGUUGGCAUGAGAAAUAAUAUAUGGUGGGAUUAGAUUGUUUAACCUUUGAAUUUAAGGUAGAAUGUGGAUUUCUAAGAAAUGGGUUGAAUUUUAGAGUAUGGAAUGUGAGACUUGAGUGAUUGGUGAAUAUGGAAAUUUAAUGAAUUUUAUUUCAUUGAAUAGGUUAGUGAAUUUACGUGGAGUAUACGUUGCAUUUGUGGUAAGAAUUUGCAGUUUGCUUUGAGGUAGGGAAUUUUCUCCAUUUUUGUUGAAUUCUUCAGGUUUCAUAAAAAUAUCUUGAAUUUCCUCUUUUUUGAUAUCUUAUCAUUAUUUGGUUGAUAAAUUCAUUUGGGCUACUCUUUGUUUGUUCCAAAGAGGGCCAAGCCCCUAUUUUAUCCAUGUUAUUUGUCAAUUCUACAUUCGAUUAGUCUUUGUAUAUUAAACCUUGAAAAUGUCAAGUUUGAUUGACAUGUUUAAAAUGUUCUCCAUGAAACUUGUGUGUAUGUGGACAUUGCACUCUUUUGUAUAUUAUUAGUUGCAUGGUGGAUCACCGAGUAUGGACUUGGGUGGUUCACGUUAGGUGUUGGUGGAUUGGAGAUUGCUAUGGUUUUUGGGCAAAGAGGGUGCUCCGUGAGAUCGGGACUCUUGUGUCGGAUAUAUGAGAUUGCCAGGUACUAGAGAACUGUGUGGCGGCUCUAGUGUGGCUUUAUGUGAUCGACUCGGUACUAGAGAAUUGUGUGGCGGCUCUAGUGGGGUCUCAUGAGAUUGCCAGGUACUAGAGAACUGUGUGGUGGCUCUAGUGUGGCUUUAUGUGAUCGACUCGGUACUAGAGAACUGCGUGGCGGCUCUAGUGGGGUCUUAUGAGAUUGUCAGGUACUAGAGAACUGCGUGGUGGCUCUAGUGUGGCAUUAUGAGAUUGACAUGGUAACAUUGUGAUAAUGAUUGAGGAGUCAUUGGAGGUGAGUUUGGAGGUUCGGAUGGGUGAUCGGGUGAGUUGUUUUUGAUGUCGGUACUAUUGAUCAGCAGAAGGGGACGUGACCGUGGUGGCCUGGACGAGUGAUUAGCUUAUGUGUUGGACUUUGGAUGUCCUCUGUUAGUUUGAGAUUAUACAUAUACAUAUACAUAUAUAUAUAUAUAUAUAUAUAUAUAUUAUGAGAUUGUUGCAGAAUAUUGGAACUCCUGUGUCUGGUAGCAUGGUUGUGGCAGUGGACCCUGAGGGUCUUGAUUAGAUUGAUUCUGAUUGUUGUUGGAUAUUAUUAGAUUAUUAUGAACUGGUUGGGUUUUCUGUAUAUGUGCAGAAUGACAUUCUCCAAUUUAUGGGGAGAUGCUGCCCAAUUUUCUGCUCGAGUUUCUCUCAACUCUAUUGGAGUUGUGUGGGAUUAGUAGUGUCGUGGUGUCAUUUGUCUUCUUCUUUUCUUCUCCUCACGCUCCGAGGGUCGGGGUGUGACAGGAAUGGUGUUCACUGAUCUCAAACAGUUUAAGGAUGCUAUCAAUAGCUAUGCAGUUGAUGGUGGGUACCAGAUUCAGUUAAAGAAGAAUGAGAAAGCUAGGUGUCAAGCAAAGUAUGAAAAAGGAUGCCCGUGGAUGAUAUGGUGUUCCCAAAUCAAUGGGGAGAAGACUUUCCAAAUCAUAUGUGUAAUCGGAGACUUGAAAAUAAACAAGCCAAUAGCACAUGGCUAGCAAUGAGAUUGGUAGACAAAAUACGUGGGGAACCAAAGGUGAGUGCAGGAGAUUUGGUGAUAUAUGUAAAGGAACAAAUGUCUUUGGCAAUUUCAAGGACACAUGCAUAUAGAGCUAAGAAGAAAGCAUUGGAUUUAAUAGAUGGGAAGCAUAAAAAACAAUAUGCAAAAUUGAGAAGUUACAUGUCGGAGGUUCUGAGGACCAACAUUGGUAGCACAUGCAAUCUUAUUGUGGAUAGGAAUAGACCUGAGGACCCUGCAGUGUUCAAGCGGGUAUAUAUGUGCUUAGCCCCUUUGUGACAGGGGUUCCUUGCAGGAUGCAGGCCUUUAAUUGGUCUAGACGGUUGUUUUUUAAAAACUGUUUAUGAUGGUUAAUUACAGACAUCAGUGGCACAAGACGGUGCUAAUGGAAUUUUCCCCAUAGCAUGGGCGGUUGUCGAAAGAGAGAAUGGGGAUUCAUGGGAUUGGUUCUUAAGAAAGUUAUUGAUGGAUAUUGGUGGGUUUGAUAGGAGAAGAUGGUGAUUCAUUUCCGAUAGGCAGAAGGGUUUGGUGUCAACCAUUAACAAACUUGAAAGUGAAAUGCAACAAGGAAUUGAACAUAGAUUUUGUACGUCAUAUUUAUGCGAACUUCAGCAAGAAUUGGCUUGGUGUAAAAUUUCGCAAAUUGGUAUAUGAUUGUGCGAAGGCUACUACAAUGCAAGAGUUUCAAUCACAAAUGCAGAAGGCUAAAGAAAUAGAUGAGGAUGCAUGGAAGUAUUUGGAUGACAUCCUUCCAUGUUUGUGGACUAGGGCAGCCUUCUCCACAUUCAGCAAGAAUGAUGUUAUUGUGAAUAACAUGUCAGAGAGCUUCAAUGGUAAGAUAUUGCAAAUAAGAGGUAAACCAAUCAUUUCCGUGUUAGAGGACUUAAGAGCCGAUGUAAUGGAUAGGCAUAUUAGACUGCGGAUAAAUAUGGAAAGGAGAGAAGGAAAACUCAUGCCAGAAGUACGUGAUAGAUUAAUUAAAGAGUUCAAGAAAAGCAUAUUUUGGACAGCAAAAUGGUCAGGAGAUUCUGAGCAAUCAGUGUUUCAAGUGAGCAAAAAAACAGAGCAAUACAUAGUCAAUGUGAAUCAAGCAUCAUGUACAUGUAGGAGAUGGGACUUAUCUGGCAUACCAUGCACUCAUGCGGUGGCCGCAAUUGGAUGGCUUCACAAAGAUCCAUCAGACUAUGUCCUUCAAGCGUAUACGAGGGAAACGUAUUUGAGGGUAUACCAACACAAUAUGGAGCCAACCAAUGGUGAGAAUUUAUGGGUUGCCACUGGUGGUGAUACCAUCAUACCACCCCCGAUGAAUAUAGUUGUUGGAAGACCAACAAAGAAGAGAAGGAGAGAACAUGAUGAGCCUAAAUCAAGCAGUAGAUUGAGGCGCAUGUAUCCCAAAAUAAAAUGUGGCAAGUGUGGAGGAUUAGGGCACAACAAAAGAGGAUGUAAGAAUCCUCUUCAAUCUCAGGCAUCCAACAUGAAUGUUAAUGUGGAGGAUGAAUCUGUAGCUGGUCGAGGAGCUGCUGUGAGUAGGGGUGGUCGUAGGGGUGCUCAUACUGAGAGUGCAGCCGGGGGAGUUGAUACAAAUAGAGUUGCUGGAAGCAGUACAUUGAGGUCAAAGAUGCCUGUCAAAAGGCCUUUGAUGCAAGGAGGUGGAAGUAGGGGUGGAAGUGGAGUGUCUGAGAGCAUUCCAGUGCCAAUUGAGGUAACUUUUGAUCAUUCAAGCACUCCUGGGAAGCGAACAAAAUCAAGUGCAAGAAGAAUGCCAAAUAUAGUCUCGACAAUUCAACAUGCAACGUCUAGUGCCAGGUAUAAUGCAAUGUUGAAUGCAACCCAAGAGUCCGUGGCCAAUGCAAGGAAGUAGUCAUGUUAUUACUAUUUUGGUAUUGAUAAAUAGGUUAGUAUAUAGUAGUAGCUUUUGGAUAUAAGAUAGGAUUGCAUCUGGUAGGUUUUGUUUCAAAAGUUCUUGGUUUCACUGUCAUUUUGGACAAUCUGUAAUGGUUGAUGAACUGCUGCAAAAUUCCAUGUGCAGAACAUGUUUUCUUUUGGUUUUGGAACAAAUAUGGACUUUUAGUGACUAAUUUGGUACAAUCUGAACCUUUAUUUUGAUAAAUUAUAAUGAAACGUACUACAGUUUCGUGUC